GCUCGGUCCUGAGCAGAGACGCGUCUCCUGGACUCGGGAGGCAGAGUGAGCGGCGGUCCGUCCCCAUCCUGCUACCCACAGCACGGGCACGGGCAGGGGGGGCUUCCGCAACUUCAACACUGACCCCCACCGCGAAAACACACAGGCUCCUCUCACACUUUUGCUUGUUUUCUCUUUUUAAAUGACUGAGCGACCUUAGAGUCCACAUGGCGUCAUCCGUGAGCGGCACGGAGGAGGUGCGGGUGUCGGUGCUGACGCCCCUGAAGUUGGUGGGACUCGUGUGCGUCUUCCUCGCGCUGUGCCUGGAUGCCGGGGCCAUGUUGAGCCCGGCGUGGGUGACGGCCGACGACCAGUACCACCUGUCCCUGUGGAUGUCCUGCUGGAAGCCCGUCAGCUCGGCGCAGUGGUCCUGCAACAGCACGCUGACCACGGACUGGCAGAUCGCCACGCUGGCCCUGCUGUUAGGAGGGGCGGCACUCACCCUGCUCUCCUUCCUCGUGGCGCUGGUGUCCCUGUGCUUCAGCUGCAGGAGUCGCUGCUACAAGCCCGUGGCUGUCAUGCUGUUCUCCGCAGUGGUGCUUCAGGUGUGCAGCUUGGUCCUGUUCCCCAUUAAGUUCAUAGAGACGGUCAGUCUGAGGGUGUAUCAUGAAUUUAACUGGGGUUACGGCCUGGCCUGGGGAUCCACCAUCUUCUCUUUUGGAGGCGCCAUCCUCUACUGCCUCAACCCGAAAAACUACGAAGACUACUACUAAAAUAUGUGAGACAAGGGGAGACGCCAGGACUUUAUAACUGAGUCUUCUCCGUAAUAGGAACUUUGUCUGACACAAACUGCACGACCACAUACUAGAGCUAGAAUUACCACCCUGUGGUUUCAUCCCUCCACCAACCAGUUAAGUUUCAGAUUACAAAUGUCUGUCCAGAUUCGCAUAUGGUGAAAACUUUGAAGUUAUUUAAUUAAAAGUAUUAAGUGUA